UGCGGUUCGAUAUGAAGGGCUUGCAACCGAAGCUGACCCCAAUGCCUCUGAUUCUUUAUUGAUAAAUGGACAACCCGGUGAUCUAUAUCCAUGCUCAAAAUCAGGCACAUUCAAGCUAACGGUGGAUCAUGGAAAGACCUAUUUACUUCGCAUAAUCAAUGCUGCCUUGCACGAGGCUCUCUUAUUCUCCAUUACCAAGCAUAAAAUGACAGUGGUUGGAACAGAUGGUAGCUACACAAAACCAUUGACACGAGAUUAUAUCACAAUAUAUCCUGGCCAAACCUAUGAUGUCUUACUAGAAGCUAACCAACACCCGGAUCACUAUUACAUGGCAUCUAAAACUUAUUCCAUUGCCCCGACAGCUCGUAAUUUUUAUGAUAACACAACCACCACAACUAUUGUACAGUACAGGGGAUACUACACUCCAUCUUCACCUCUCUCCUUGCCUCAUUUGCCUGCAUACAAUGACACAAAUGCAUCGGUUCAGGUCAUGGCCGGCCUCCGAAGCUUAGCAGAUGUGGAACAUCCUUGCAAUGUCCCAUUGAGCCCGAGCACUAAACUGAUUUACACUGUUUCUAUGAACUCAUUCCUAUGCCCCAAUAAUUCAUGUGCAGGGCCCAAUGGGAUGCGGUUCUCCGCAAGUAUAAACAACAUAAGCUUCCAAUUCCCUACAAUUGACAUACUGCAAGCUUACUAUUAUAACAUCAGUGGUGUAUAUGGAGAUAAAUUUCUUAGCGUUCCACAACUGGUGUUCGAUUUUACCACUGAUAUUCUUCCCUUAGAGUAUCAGACGCCGAAAAACGGAACAGAAGUAAGGGUGCUCGAGUAUAACUCCACAGUGGAGAUUGUUUUUCAAGGGACAAACUUGAUUGCAGGGACACACCACCCCAUGCAUCUCCAUGGAUACAGUUUCUAUGUUGUUGGAUGGGGAUUUGGGAAUCUCGAUAAAAAUAGGGACCCAUUGUGCUACAAUCUGGUGGAUCCUCCCCUUCAGAGUACCAUCUCUGUUCCUACGAAAGGUUGGGCUGCAAUCAGAUUCGAGGCAUCCAACCCUGGAGUGUGGUUCAUGCACUGCCAUGUAGAACGCCAUCUGACUUGGGGCAUGGAAACUGCGUUCAUAGUGAAAAAUGGUAAACACCCAGAAGCUCAAAUGCUGCCUCCGCCAUCCGACAUGCCACCAUGUUGAA